AUGAUACUGGCAACGCCUGGGUUUGUCCAAGUACCUCAAAAUUUCCUCAAACAGUUUCUAAAUGAUUGUCUUGCUAUCCUCUUCCGCCUCACCUGUAUCCUCUUUCACCUGCUAUCCUCUUCACCUUCCUCUUUGUCCUCUUCCGCCUCACCUCUAUCCUCUUCCGCCUCCGCUAUCCUCUUCCGCCUCACCUGCUAUCCUCUUCCGCCUCACCAGCUAUCCUCUUCCGCCUCACCUGCUAUCCUCUUCCGCCUCACCAGCUAUCCUCUUCCUCUUCCUCUUCCGCCUCACCUGCUAUCCUCUUCCGCCUCACCUGCUAUCCUCUUCCCGCCUCUAUCCUCUUCCGCCUCACCUUAUCCUCUUCCGCCUCACCUGCUAUCCUCUUCCGCCUCUCACCUGCUAUCCUCUUCCGCCUCACCUGCUAUCCUCUUCCUGCCUUUCUCUUCCUCUUCACCUACUAUCCUCUCUUCCGCCUCACCCGGCUAUCCUCUUCCGCCUCACCUGCUAUCCUCUUCUGCCUCACCUGCUAUCCUCUUCCGCCUCACCUGCUAUCCUCUUCCGCCUUACCGCUAUCCUCUUCUGCCUCACCUGCUAUCCUCUUCCUUCCUUCACCUGCUAUCCUCUUCCGCCUCACCUGCUAUCCUCUUCCGCCUCACCUGCUACCUCACCUGCUAUCCUCUUCCGCCUCACCUGCUAUCCUCUUCCGCCUCACCUGCUAUCCCUCUUCCGCCUCACCUGAUAUCCUCUUCCGCCUAA